CUGCACAAAGUUGUGUUCACAAUGUCUAGCAAUGAUUGCCUCGCGUGCCUGAAAGCUAUUGCACCUGAUAGCCAGUGCCUUCGUUGUAGCGAUUGUGAUAACCGUCAUCAUGCCGGCAAAUGCUCUGGCGUCACAAAGACUAACCUAAAAAGCAUGUCAGUAGAAACGAUCCGUAUUUGGUUAUGUCCCACGUGUGCAAACCACAAAACACGACUGUCGAACGCUGAAGAAGGGGCUGGCUCCCAGCGUAAGAAGUUAAUGGCAGGCAGCGAGCAACCUUCUUUGGUUGACGUCAUGUCGAAGCUUGACACUAUGCUACGCCGUUUUGAUGAGCUCGAAAGAAAGCAGGAGGAGCAGCUGGCUAAACAUGAUACCACCAAUGGAAAACUUGAGGACCAAGCACUAACAAUACAGAGCAUAGAAGAAUCACUCGAUUUGAUCUCUUCCAAAUAUGAUGAAGUGCUUAAAACUCUUGAAACCCAGAAUCAAGAAGUAAAAGAGCUGAAGAAAAAAGCUACGGACAUGGAAGCUCAGCUGAUAGCAAAAGACACUAGACUUUCUCAACUGGAAAUGGAGGUGAAUAGGAUGGAAUCCUAUUCAAGACGUAAUAAUUUGGAAAUUCAUGGGAUCAAGUGCCAUGAGAGGGAAGACUUGAGAGCAGUUAUAAAUUCCCUUGCAGGGAGACUCGAACUACCCCUUCCCAGGAAUGAGGAAGUCGAAGUUGUGCACAGUAUUAAAGGCAAAGCAGACGCUGAGGCUCCCAUACUAGUCCGUUUCACCAAGAGAGAAACAAGAGAAAAGUGGCUUGCAAAGCGAAACAUGCUGAAACAUGAGAACAUUUACAUAAAUGAAAAUUUGACACAUCUAGCCAAGAAGCUUCGAUGGAUGGCAAAGCGCCAAGCAACUGAGAAACACUACAAAUAUGUUUGGGUGCGAAAUGGUCGUAUAUUUGUUAGGAAAAUUGAAGGUGCCCCUGUUAUUCUUGUUGAGAACGAAGCGGAUCUGCGCAAGAUAACGUGA